AUGGAAGUCAACAAUGAAAAAUUCAAAUUUGAUGCUGAAAAUCAAGCAAGCACCGCAAUUGAUCUCACUGAAUCAUGCUAUUCUUCCGCUGCAUCUAUACCUGCAUCUGAUUCUACCGAGAAGGCUGGCCUCCAUCGCGGCCUCAAGGCAAGACACAUUCAAAUGAUUGCGUUGGGCGGUACCAUUGGCACCGGUCUCUUCAUGGCAUCUGGUAAGGCCAUCUCUAGCGGCGGUCCUGGUGGUGCUUUAGUAGCCUAUGGUAUUGUUGGCGUAUUAGUAUUUUGCGUCAUGAUGAGUCUUGGUGAAAUGGCUGCUUAUAUCCCUGUCUCUGGAAGUUUUGCUCAUUACGCUCGUCGUUUUGUCGAUCCCUCACUUGGCUUUAUGUUGGGAUGGAUCUACUGGGUCAACUGGUCUGUUGGUGUCGCUGUUGAGCUCACUGGUGUUGCUAUGAUCAUGGAAUAUUGGGUCAAGAGCGUCCCCAGCGUUGUUUGGAGUAUCAUUUGCCUAGUCUUGCUUGUUUGUAUCAAUGUGUUUUCUGUCAAAGGAUACGGUGAAGUCGAGUACUGGAUUUCAUUUGUAAAAGUGCUUACUGUUAUAGCAUUUAUCAUUGUUGGUAUUUGUGUAGAUACUGGUGCUGCCGGAAGCAACUAUAUUGGUGUCACUAACUUCCAUCUGGAAGGUGGCCCAUUCCCUUACGGUUUCCUAGGCAUCUUCAAUGUCUUUAUUACAGCUGCAUUCUCUUUCAAUGGUGUUGAAAUUGUUGGUAUCACUGCUGGUGAAUCUGAAAAUCCUCAUAAAACUGUACCUGCCGCUGUAAAACAAGUCUUCUUUCGUAUUGUUCUCUUUUACAUCCUUUCCAUGCUGAUUAUCGGUCUUAUCAUUCCUUAUACAGACCCUGAUCUCCUUAAGGGCUCUGGAAAUGUUUCGGUAUCUCCUUUUACUCUGGUAUUCCAAAAGGCUGGUGCUCCUUGGGCUGCUGAUUUGAUGAAUGCCAUCAUCUUGAUCACCAUGAUUUCUGCUGGUAAUUCUGGUGUCUACUCCUCUAGCAGAACUCUCUUGGCUUUGGCAGAAGAAGGAUCCGCUCCUCGUGUGUUUACUCGUAUCAACAGAUGGGGUAUUCCAAUCUGGUCUGUUCUUGCUACUUGUGCCGUCGGUUGUUUGGCUUUUUUGACUAGUCUGUUUAGUUCAGGUGUCGUCUUUAACUGGCUUACUGCUUUGCCUUCGGUUGCAGGCUUGAUUGUUUGGGUCACUAUCUCGAUUACGCACAUUCGAUUUCGUAUGGGCUUGAAGGCUCAAGGUAGAUCUCUCACUACUCUUCCCUAUGUAGCUCCAUUCUUCCCCUUUGGUGAUAUCUUUGUCAUCAUCGUUGGGUGCAUUGUUAUCGGUGGUCAAGGCUACCAAACCUUUCUCCCUCCUAUCAAUCCCGCCAACUGCGUUUCUGCCUACUUGUCUGUCAUGUUUUGCAUCGUCUUGUAUGUAGGUAACAAACUAUAUAGACGAGAUCCCUUUGUCAAAGCUAGCGAAAUGGACUUUGAAACUGGCACAAUCAAGGAUGAUGUUCUACGCAUGAAAGAAAAUGAAGCAUUUGAUGAAGACGAUCUCCCGGUCCCUCUUUGGAAGCGGAUUUAUAGAAAAACCAUCAGCAUCAUCGCUUAA